AUGAGUCUAAUGGUUGAAUCGGCAUGGAAUAGAAGUUUGGCAACAGCAUUGCGACCUUCGGGUACCCUCAAAGCAAUGGCACCUCCACCGCCAGUCACCAAGCCUGGCUUUCAGGCCUGCGCCUCGACGGCAUCGCUGUUUCUCUAUGCCCAAGGCUCAACAAUCCUCUGCUUGCACCAUGAUACAUUGGCCAUUGAGCGACGUUUUCAAAGCCACCAGGAGAACAUUGAAUUUAUUUCAGUCGAUAAUGUCAGUGAACGGGGUGCGGGGAGAUUGGUUGUCAGUUACGAUGUAGGGCAGACCGCGAUAGUCUGGGAUAUCUUUACCGGAACGGAGAUUGCCCGGCUUGCUUCCUUAGAGCAUCUGCGAAUAGCUUCAUGGAUGCGCAAUGGCAAUGUGGCAUUUGGCAAUGGCAAGGGCGAGGUGAUUCUAUUUGAGCCCUCCACGUCGGAAUAUAUUUCUGCGCGCACCAUCUUCGAUCCUAUCACAGCUCUAGCUCCCGCCGCAGAUUGUCGUACUUAUGCAAUUGGAUAUAAUAAUGGAUCGAUCUUGAUCGCAACUCUACUUCCUCAGUUUACCAUUCUUCACACUCUGACCACUUCUCGUGGACCAUCGCCAAUUAUAUCUUUGGCCUGGCAUGCGUCCUCGUCAAAACAGAAGUCGGAUAUGUUGGCCACGCAGUCCUCGAAUGGUGAUCUAAGAGUUUGGAGCGUGGCAAAACCACCAGGGAAAGAGUCGCCGCGAGUCAUCAGGGUACUGAAACGAUCCGAUUCGAACUCUUCUGACCCAAAAUGGAUGGGGUGGUCUAAGAAUGGAAGACUUGUACAAUAUUUGGAAGGAGAGACAUGGUCAUGGGAUGUUCGAACGAAGCAUGUUACUUGCGAUCCAAUCCCCACAAUAGACGGUGUGAGGGGCAUUGCAAACUACGGUCCAACUGCGACUCUGUUUACACUUGGACCUCAGCAUUCAGUACAACAGUAUGAUCUGGAAAAUCCGGCAAUGGUUGCAAAUGUGCAACAUGCUCCCAUCCUUCCCCGGGCUGGCACGGCGGAAGGUCGAUUGCAAACAAUGUCUUCAAGACGCUUACAGGAUCCUCCUGAUAUGCGAGAGGCGAGCUCGGCCAGACGAACGCCAUUUGACUCGACCACCAUCGAGAGCAUUAGACAGAGGGCAGAUCUGACGAGUCCUGCUUCAUCGCGAAGUCGGACGGAAUCUGUGAGCUCGAAGGCAUCAUCUGGUAAGUAUAACAUGAGACCGUUUUCUCCGCCAAGCCGCUCUGGUCAGAGUUCUACGACGUUUUCGAUGACAUCGGCUGGUCGUGAUACACCACAGGCCUCUGCUUCAUUUGCGUAUCCUUCGUCUGUUUCAAUGUCUUCCGUGAGAAGCUCGAGGGCGGCAUCCCGAUUGCGCAACGAAGUUCAUAUCAGUCCUGCCGACAAGAAUAUCGUUGACUUAUUCCCCUUUACCCGGGCUCGUUUGAAUGACGUGCCUUAUAAACAGCAGCCGCCUAUCGAUGAAACAAAUCUCACCUCGGAUGAUCUUCGGCAACACAUGUUGAGUGUCGUAUUUGGCUGGGACGGAGAUAUUCAAGACCUGAUCAUAGAUGAGUUGAGCCGCCAUGCCUUGGGUAGCCAAAGUGCUAUUAUCUUAAUGCAAUGGCUCGGUGAAAAUGACUCGGAUGAAAUGGCUUCCAUGAUCAGCCCUGGCCAGGUAACAAGCUCUGACUGGAUGAUUCUUGCUUUGAGUCAGAUGAGUGGCCAGGCACAAGCAAACAAGGUCGGACAAGCAUUUGUACAAAAGUUGCUUGAGAUCGGAGAUAUACAUACCUCAGCCGCCAUUUUGCUUGGUCUCGGAGAUAGCAAUGAUGCUAUUGAAGUCUAUGUUUCUCGCAAUCACUUCUUGGAAGCUAUUGUCAUGACAUGUCUUCUUUUCCCAUCUGACUGGCAGCGCCAGUCAUAUCUCGUGCGUCGAUGGGGAGAGCAUGUUGUAACUCAUUCCCAACAGCAGCUCGCCAUUCGCUGUUUCAUGUGCACAGGGGCGGAACCAUCAGAGCCAUGGGCAUCCCCUUCGGCUCAGCAAAAUGCUACUUUUUCCGAAAUGAUUCGAGCUAAGUCUCCUUAUGCUUCACCCGAUCCUUCGCAAGCCAAUAUGAUGCAACCGCCCAUGCGGCCACGAUCUACAUCGAACGGGAAACCUACAGCGAAAACCCCUGCGCUAAAGCUUAUUACCUCUUUUGACGGGCAGUCAAAUGGGCGUUUCCGUUUCCCUGGACUGAAGUCUGAUGAUCGCACGCCAACCAACGCACCCGGAAUCACGCCGAUUGCUGAAUCUGCUGUUCCCGAUUCGGCUAUCUCCCCCGGUGGCUUUGGCUCUUAUAAGCUGAACAAUAUCCAAAGCCUGAAUCAUGCGAUGUCUCGGACCAAUACACCUUCUUUCAAUCGGCGUCGUCUGCCUUCGAUAGGCGAGACCCCGGUAGAUGUGCAGCCUCCAUCAUUUUCACGUUCGAAUUCUUACAGCCAAAAUGAAUAUAGCUCCACCUCUGAGAAUGAAAUGAGUGGACACGAACAGAGUCAUGACGAGAAAGAGAUGAAAAGCGCUCUUCUCACAUUGUCAGCAGCGAAAUAUGCCCCCAGUAUAGAAUCUCUCAAGCCCAGUCCUCAGACUGCUCUACAAGGGAUAGACAAGUUUGCUACCAUCAAGGGACUUCCAUCACCAGCCGCCGGUGUAUUUGAGGCUUUGACAAAUGACGAUCACCGCAAUGGGUCUCGAGAUCGAAAGCCAGAUGGGCUACAAAUCGAGACAUCGGAAAGUGAAAAAACACCACAGGACCGCUCCGAUUUGAUUCCGAGCGCCAAAAGCACUUCUACAGCCCAUAGCUACGCUUCGGCUAGGAGCCCAAGCAUCAGUGGCCGUAGCAUUGACCAGUACAUCAGUAGCCUCGAUGAAGCAAAUUACCAUGCACGCAAGCUCCGUCCGCAUACUCCGGGCCGCGGAAGACGGAAUCCAGAUGACACUACUAGCCAAAGCUCACGAAUCAAUGGAUCGCGCGAGGUCUCCCGUGGAAUAAGUGAGCGUCGAUAUAUUCAACCCGCCAAGCGCUCUCCGUCUUCGCCGGUGCCUAUGUCUCCCGAAGAGCUGGCUCGACACCACGUUGGAGGAUCCGAAAGGUCAGGAGAGCCACGGAAGUCGAAGUCGAAGUCGCGUGCUAGGAGUUCUAGCAAGGCGAGAAGAGCUGGUUCUAGAAGCCGCCAACGCUCUUCAAGUCGACACACCGCAAGCCGCGUCGGUGCAGACAAGCGAGACGCCUCAAACCGAGGUCGCAGCAAUGAUCGACAUGGAUCCAGCGCUCGAUCACCAUCGUCACCUCUUCCGAUGACAUUCCCCACAGAUGAGUCGUCUCAAAGUAUCGACAACCCCCUGAGGCUGGUUGAGGGUAAUCAAAAGAGACUACGAUCGCGCCACCGAAGUGCUAGUCGACGUCGCCCCGAGAAAGGAAGUUCUAAGAGAGAUGGCUCGCCAGAGACUAGACAUAAGACAUCACUGAGCCUUUCUGUGACCCAGCCUGGGCCGAAAGCAGACCCUUGGGCGCAUGAAAUGGAGCCGGAGCAACUGAGCAGCAAGGUCUUCGGCCAAGAAGAUACUUCCAACGGGUAUACUAAUGGACAACUCAGCUCGACUACCAGUAAUUUCCAGGAGCUCGCGUCUCCAACAACACCAUUCGUCAGUCUCGCAGAAAGAAAACGAAGAGAAAUUGCCGCAGCUGAACUGGAAGCGCGAAGAUUAUCACUCGCACGUAACCCAUCUGCACCGAACAUCCCCUUCCCGGGCGAGCUGCCCACCGCGAGAAGUCCUCUUGAAAGUCCUCCACCUUUCUCUGGUGCAAGCUCGUACUUCCCACGUGCUCCAUCGCGGAACAAGGUGUCCCAAAGCAAAGCAUCUCCCGAAUACCCUAGCAGUUCUGACUCGAACUCCUCACGCUCCGGCAUGCCUAGUGGGCUCCCAGCAACCCCCCGAGCUAUGCGGCAUCCCAAAUACGGAGGAACUGGGCAAGACGAAGAGCGGCCACCUUCAGUUCCUAUAAUUCCCACGGACAACAGCCUCUUCCUAAGCAAUGCCCGAUACCAGGGAGAUGCCGAGAGAAUUGGGAGAUCGAUGUCCGUCCCGGUACCAGAGGGACAGUAUGGUGCUCCCGUCAUGCCAAAUGACCUCCCCAUGCAUCCCAGAUAUAACCCAGCACUCCCUCGAAGCCGGUCUAGCAGUCGGAACCGAAAGACCGCCCAUCACCGCACCAGCUCAAGCGGCUACGUCUCUGGCACCUCCCCUCAUGUGCAAGUGAGCAUCGAAGAGACCAUCGAGAAUGCAAUGCAAGGCGGUCCCUCAUCGUACUAUGAGAUAAUCCCACCACCGCCGCCUCCACCCAUCCUACCAGAGCUGCAACAUCUCAACACCCCUCCCCCACCACCGCCUUUCCCGAUCUCCGCAGACCCAGUCUCACCCCGCGAGUCCUCCGCGACGAUCGACAUCGCCAUCGACAACAACGAGAACCUCGGCCAUCUGCUUCCCCGCGCUAUGACUGCCGCCCCAACUAUCAAUGUCAACGGACACGGGACUGACUCCCGCCAGUCAGGCAGCCGGCGCAUGUCCUUCGACCAUCGCCGAAACCGUAACUCGAACGAGAGCUUCACGAACAAGCUGCGUAGCUUGACGCGUAUGCGCAACAGCAGUCGCAGCGUCGAGCCCUGGACGCAGGCUCACGAGGCAGAGAUGGCUCCUUAUGAGAGUUUGCACCCGCACGCUGCUAGCAACUCGAACUAUAUUCUGCCGAGUCAGAGCUAUGUUGCGCCUGGUUCAAAUUACGUUUAG